AUGAGUGACGACCCUGGUCCCAAUGCCGGUGCAAGCACGAGGCCAGACGCAGGCAGCACAGCGACUGAUUCUGUUCCGUUGAAUUCUUCAACUUCACCUGUGUUAGCUGUUUCAGACCAGACCACCCAAAGAUCCCUAGCGGAGGACAAUGCCAGCAGGAAUGCCAAUGCCAAUGCCAGUGCCAGUGCCAGUGCCAGUGCCCCAUCGAGUGCCAGUACUAGUACCAGCAAUAAUUCAGGUCUCAACCGGGAGUCUCACCCCCCAGCACAGGCCAGCUCGAGCAGGAGUACAUCUGCUCCAGUCGGGAAUGGCAUCGGCAGCAACACCACUUCAGCCGAAGCUGGCCCCAGCCGACCCCCUCUCCAAACGCUAGCCGAUGUGAUGCGAGCCCCGUCGACAGUUCCUCCGGAUGUGGUUGUGCUUGAGUCUUUGCCAGAUGAUCUUGAGCGGCGCCGAAGGCAAGAAGAUGACGAGGAGCCGGAUCCGAAGGCUGAUUUGUGGGUUUCGACAUAUGAUGGGAGGUUCAACUCCCCCAUUAUCCCCAUCCACGUCGGGGUUCCUCCUAACAAUGCAACAUUCUACGUUCACAAACACAUCCUCCUUCGUUGUGAGUACUUUGAAAAGGCCCUCUGCGGCGACUUCAAGGAGUCCGAGGCCCAAGCCAUCGACCUCCCCGAAGAAGACCCCGCCCUCUUCCACUUCCUCGUCGCCUAUCUCUACGAAGGGAAAUACGAGCCUAUCAAGCCUCUCGCUGCAGCCCUCGCCCCCGAUCGCAAAGGCAAGUCCAAAGCAGCAGCCCCCUCCCCUGACUCUAACUCAACCGCUCCCGCCGACCCCGCAACGGGACCAGCAGCAGCAGCCCAUGGUGUUCGGCCAGAACACAUCCGUCGCUUAGCCCGCGACAACCCUGCUGGUGCUGCCACCCUGAUCCUCGACCGUCUCAACAACAAUGCCAACCGCCCGAUCCCCAACUACGGCGGCGGGGCAUAUUACUAUCCCCCGGUUUACCCCCCUGCUGUGGCCCCUCCCGUCCCUGGACGGGGCGGUGGAUGCGGCACCACCGUAUUAUUGUUGGAAUUGUGGUGUCCUGACGAGGAGGAACUGGAGACCCCCUUCCUCCUCCUCCUCCUCCUCCUCCUCCGCCGUCCGCCGCCGCCGCCCCCUCCCCCUCCGGUGCCACCGGAGCUUUAUGAUCCUCGUUAUGGGGGAGAACAGCCGGGCCCGGGCUCCGGGACAGGGCAAGGGAUCCGAGGCGAGCCCCAACAACCCCAGGAGGAAGAAGAAAAAAAAGAAGACCCCGACCGUCGCUCCUGGACCUCUCUCUACACGCACCACAUCCGGCAAUACCUCCUCGCGCACCGCUUCCUUCUCCCGUCCUUCCAGCGCGCCGUUGCGAGGGCCAUUGUCCUGCUCCUGGAAAGCCUUGGCUCCCAGGCUGCGACGAUGGAAGUGCUACAGUCCUGUCGCACGCUUUAUGACGGACUGCCGGAGGGAGACCCACUGGUGAGGAUGGUGUUUGCGAGGGUGGGGUUUUUGCAGCCUUGGAAGAAUCCGGGUUGUGGGAGGGGGAAGCAGUAUCAGCAUCAGGAUGGACAUCAUGAAGAUGAUCUUGGGAAGGGAAAGGGGAAGGAGAAGGAGUAUAACGGUCACGCUCAGUCUCAAGGGAGUCUUUCUGCCAACGGUCAUCUCAACCCUAACCCUGACGAGCACCUAGACGACGACCCCGAAUCCUUUCUCCUCACCAACCCCGACAUAGCUCUCGGUCUCCUCAGGGAAAUGGCUGCCCGCCGAGACGAGGACCUCAUUCCCCCUCCCAUACCCGCAGCCCCAACAGGCAACACAACAACACAAGGCCCAGGACCAGCACCAGGUGGUCCCUAUCCCGGCGGAGGCCCAUACGGGCGGGCAGGCCGAGAAGUUCGAAAUUACAACGGGCUGUACCAACACCAACAGCACCAGCAGCAAGCUCCGCUACCCAGCAUGGUGCGUCCCUUGUGGGUGGGGGAGGGUGGGUGGCCUUGGGGUGGGGAAGGGGAGGAGGGAGAAUGGUGGUGGCAUCAUCAUCAUCAUCAGCAGCAGCAGCAGCAGCGGCAACAACAACAACAGCAACAACAUACUGCUGUGUCUGGAAGGAGGCGGACAGAGAGAGACAGGGUAGUAGCAGGGAGGCUGAUUCUCGAUCAUCGGCCGUAA